GUCAACUUAGCUUGCAAGGCUGUACUUGGGACAAUUACAAACCUCAACUUUGCUAGUCAAGAUGCACCAGAUUUUAUUCCUAGUGCUCCCCCAGGCCCUCAUGCUGAAGUGCAGACAUCAUCUCUCCAUCGUCAGUAUUUUACAAGCAUCCUUAAUGCUCUAAAGCAAAAGGACCUUCAAUUACUUCGAGACAUUGAUGUUUAUUGGUCAUCAACCUUACUAAUGGCUGAACAUGCAAUUGUGUUGCGUGAAGUAAGUAUCUACAUCUUUCCUAAGCUCCAAAAGUACAAGCUCACAAGUAGUGAGUGGGAUGUGCUCGGUGUGUUCUGCAAGGUCCUCAGGGUCCCACAUGGUUUUCAACAAAGGUUGUCUGCUGAAAAAACUCCAACAUUAUGCAAUGCUAUUCCAGCAUUCGAGGCUAUGGUGCAAAUAUGGAGUAAGCAGUUAGACAAUGACCCCAAUCUCACUACCACGAUUCAACCAGGGCUUGAUAAACUUAAUGAUUAUCAGUCACACAUUUCUGAUGUUCCUGCAUAUGCUCUUACUAUGAGU